CCCGCCCGGCCCCGCCCCGGCCCCGCCGGCCCCGCCCGAGCUGCGGCUCAUCCUGGAGGAGCUUCGGCAGCUGCGGCAGCGGCAGCUGCUCCAGAUGCAGCUCACCCAGGACAUCUGCCGCCAGCUCCUGCUCCUGGGGGCCCUCGACCACCCCCCCAGGGCCCCCCAGAAGCCCCCGCCCCGCCCCCACCUCCUGCUCUUCCCGCCCUUCCCCAAAGCGCCGCGCGCCGGCAUCGCCGUGGCCUUGGCGUCCACCCUGGACCCCGUGGCCGUGCUGGGCUCGGCGUUGGGCUCGGCGGCUUCCUUGGGGUCGACGUUGGGCUCGGCGGCUUCCUUGGGGUCGACAUUGGGCUCGGCGCCUUCGUUGGGUCCAAAGUUGGGUUCGGCGUCAACGUUGGGCCCAACGUUGGGCUCGGCGUCUUCGUUGGGGUCAACGUUGGGCUCGGCGUCUUCGUUGGGGUCAACGUUGGGCUCGGCGUCUUCGUUGGGCCCAACAUUGGGCUCGGCAUCUUCACUGGGCCCAACUUUGGGUUCAGCAUCUUCGUUGGGCCCAAAGUUGGGUUCGACGUCUUCGUUGGGUCCGAAGUUGGGUUCAGCAUCAACGUUGGGCCCAAAGUUGGGUUCAACGUCAUCGUUGGGCCCAAAGUUGGGUUCAGCCUCAGCGUUGGGCCCAACUUUGAGUUCAGCAUCAACGUUGGGUCCAAAGUUGGGUUCAACGUCAUCAUUGGGCCCGAAGUUGGGUUCAACCUCAGCGUUGGGCCAGGCGACGUCAUCGUUGGGUUCGACGCCACCGUCGUUGGGUUCGGCGCCAUCGUUGGGUUCAACGCCACCGUUGGGCUCAGGGUUGGGUUCAACGCCGCCGUUGGGCCCCCCGUUGGGUUCCCCGGCCCUGGCGGGCCGGCACGGCUGCGGGUUCUGCGGGAAGCCGUUCGGCAGCGCCAGCGCGCGGCAGAUCCACCUGCGCUCGCACACCGGGGAGCGGCCCUUCCGCUGCGACCUCUGCGGCGGCCGCUUCACCACCCGCGGCAACCUCAAGGUGCACCUGAGGCGCCACCGCCAGAAGGGCCCGGCCGAGCGACGCGCCGGUGACGCCGAGGUGGAGGGCGCUGCGGCGGAGGUCAACGUCGUCCCCCAGCUGGUGGCCACGCCCACCCUGCCCGUGGCCACGCCCACCACGCCAAUUCCCACCAUCUCCGUGACCACGCCCACCCCGUCGAUGGCCACGCCCACCCCGCCAAUGGCCACACCCAGCUCACAAAUGGCCCCGCCCACCCCGCUGGCAGGUCCCAUCCCCUUCCCCAGCAGGCCCCUCCCCCCGGGCGACGGGAACGCCCCUCCCCCAGCCCCGCCCCCCCGCCGGCCGUGGCCCCAGAACGGCCCCAAAUGCCGGGACCCCGACCCCAAAUCCCGGGAUGGCGGCGGCUCCGAGACCUCCAAGCUGCAGGAGCUGGUGGAGAAGUUGGAAUUCCGGCCCUGCUGCCCCUCCCCCACCACCUGCCACGGGAGGGGGAGGGGCGGAGGCACCGGGGCCUCCGGGACCGGAAAUUCCACGGCCUUGGGUGGAAAUUCCCAAAUUUUGGGCGGGAACUCCCCGAUUUUGGAUGGGAACUCCCCAGUUUUGGGCGGGAAUUCCUCGGUUUCGGGCAGGAAUUCCCCAGUUUUGGAUGGGAAUUCCCCGAAUUCGGGCGGGAAUUCCUCAGCUUUGGGCGCGAAUUCCCUCAUUUCCGGCAGAAAUUCCCUCGUUUCGGGCAGAAAUUCCCCAAUUUUGGGUGCGAAUUCCUCGGGUUUGGGUGGAAACUCCUCGAUUUCCGGCGGGAAUUCCUCGAUUUUGGGCAGAAAUUCUCCAAUUUUGGGAGCAAAUUCCCCGAUUUUGGGUGGGAAUUCCUCGGUUUUGGGUGAGAAUUCCCCGGUUUCGGGGGGGCCCCGCCGGUGCCGGGUGUGUGGGCGGGGUCGGGCCCCCCAAAAUCCACCCCUGAAAUUGGGGGAAGAGGAGGAAGAGGAGGAGGAAGAAGAAAUGGGGGCGUUGGACCCCCCCAAGGCACCAGGAGAGCCCGAAAACCGGGAGGCAGGAGGGGAGGUGCCCUCAGAGCGGACCCCGACCCCCGAAAUCGUGGGAGAGGAGGAGGAGAAGAAGUAGAUUUUUAGGGGGAAACCCCAAAAUCCCCCCCUCAGCCCCCCCCCCGACGUGUAGAGACCAAUUAAAGCCCUUUCUGACCCCUCCCG